UCGCUUGUCAGUCCUUGUCAGUUGUGUCGACUCUGGGCGGUUCCGUCCUGACUUGCUCAACUUGAGGAAGAAAGCACACCAACCAGCCAACAAACAUGACGAAACAUGGCGCCGGCCUUUAGCGACAGACACGGUUGAAAAACUAUGGCGAACUAAGUUAAGUCACCGAAGUUUUACAGUUUUCCUCAUUUGCGCCAACACAAGUUAGCAAGGCGGGCUAAACAGAGCAAGUUGCUUACAUGUCAACAUUGUCCCUCACGGCGGUGUAAACAGCCGGCCCACCUUGACGCCUGAUUAAUCCGAUUGUGGCCUCCUGUAGUCCGGCUAGACUUGCAGGUGUCGUUAGUCCUGCAGGUAGAAUUACAAGUGAUUAUGUUGGAGUGUGCGCUGAGCCAUGAUAGAGGACAAGGGUCACCGCGUCACCGACUAUUUUGUGGUGGCUGGGCUGACGGACAAGUCGGCGCCAUUGGAACAUGACCUCUCCGAGGCCAAGUCCAGUGGGCCCAAGGCGCCCAUCACCGACCUGACCGUCAUCAAUAAGUCGGCGGGCGAGGCAGUGCCUGAGGGCUUCACCUGCAUCGACAGCACUCCCAGUGGCCAACCGGCCAACCUGAACCACGGCAGCCUGAAGAGCCCUGAGCUCUUCCUGUGCUACAAAAGGACACGGGGGAAGCCGCCUCUCAUAGACGUCGGCGUUCUCUAUGAGGGCAAGGAGCGUCUCAUUCAGGGCUGUGAGGUGAUCCAGGCCACUCCGUACGGCCGCUGCGCCAAUGUCAACAACAGCUCUGCCACCUCACAGCGCAUCUUCAUCACCUUCCGCCGUGCGCCGCCCGUCCAACCCCAGAACUCCCUGGCGGUGACCGACAUCUGCGUCAUCGUCACCAGUAAAGGCGAGACGCCGCCGCAUACAUUCUGCAAGGUGGACAAGAACCUCAACUGCGGCAUGUGGGGCUCCAGUGUGUUUCUCUGCUAUAAGAAGUCCGUGUCAGCGUCAAACUCCAUCACUUACAAAGCUGGUCUCAUCUUUCGCUACCCAGAGGAAGACUAUGAGUCUUUCCCCCUAUCAGAGUCCGUUCCUCUCUUCUGCUUACCCAUGGGCGCCAAAAUUGAGUGCUGGGCGCCGAACACCCGAGACCCUCUGCCCAUCUUCUCCACGUUUGUCCUGACCAUCAGCUCUGGUGAAAAGGUGUACGGGUCGGCCAUUCAAUUUUAUGAGCCAUACCCUGUGGAGCUGCUGAGCGAGAAACAGAAGGUUCACCUGGGCCUGCUCACCACUGUAGAGAAGAAAAUGAUCCCCAACCGGCCUGUGAACACCAACAAAUGCAUCUGCCUGCUCUCCCGCUGGCCCUUCUUUGAAUCCUUCCGCAAGUUCCUCAUGUUCCUCUACAAGCUGUCCGUCUCUGGCCCACACCCGCUGCCCAUUGAAAAGCAUAUUUCACACUUUUUGCACAAUGUGUCCUUUCCUUCACCGCAAAGGCCUCGAAUCCUGGUCCAACUCUCUGCACAUGACACCUUGAUCCUUUCCCAGCCUGUGUCGACACCUUUACCCCUCAGCGGAGCUGACUACAGCACCCUCUUGAUGAAUCUGGGCUCUGAGAACUGUGCCACACUUCUCCACUUUGUGUUGCUGGAGAGCAAGAUCUUACUUCACUCGCUCCGGCCGGCGGUGCUCACGGGAGUUGCGGAGGCUGUGGUGGCAAUGAUCUUCCCCUUCCAGUGGCAGUGUCCAUACAUCCCCCUGUGUCCGCUCUCCCUCGCGGGGGUUCUCAAUGCUCCUCUUCCUUUUAUUGUGGGCGUGGACUCUCGGUACUUUGAUCUUUAUGACCCACCGCCGGAUGUUGUCUGCGUGGAUCUGGACACCAACACCAUCUACUUGUCAGACGAGAAGAAGCACAACAACUGGAAGAACCUCCCGAAGAAGCCCUGCAAGAGCCUCAUUAACACGCUGAGCAACUUGCAUCGCCAGCUGGCCACGGUUUCAGUCCGGCCUACAGCACAGACGGGCUCGGCAGUGGACAUGACCCCCAUUGAGGCCGACUUCACCUGGCACAAGAAGAAGACGGCCCUGGAGAUGGAAAUCCAGGAGGCCUUCCUGCGCUUCAUGGCUUCCAUUCUGAAGGGCUACCGCUCCUACCUCAAACCCAUCACCCAGGCGCCAUCAGAGAAGGCCACAGCCGCCGACUCCCUCUACGACCUGCAAGGUUUUCUCAAAAGCAGAGACCGUGCUCACCAGAAGUUCUACUCGCAGCUCACCAAGACCCAAAUAUUCAUCCGCUUCAUCGAGGAGUGCACUUUUGUCAGCGACAAGGAUACCGGUUUGGCCUUUUUUGACGACUGUGUCGAGAAGCUUUUUCCAUCUGAUAAAAUCACCGAGAAGGGCACCAAGGUGGAAGGAGAGUCAUCGGAGGACACCAGACUGCUUGAGCUGGACGAGUCACAGAAGAGUGAGCACACUGUCUUUGUGAUGCCUCCCGAACCCCCAGCGGAGGACGGACACGAAGCGCCCAACAGAUACACUUACAAAGGUUUCCCCCGGCUGACGAUGGCGCUGUUUGACCGUCCCCGUGAGUUACGGCCCGCAAUCAGCAGAGGAACAGCGGGCGCCAGUCUCUCCAGCAGUCCUGCUCUACUCGCCAAGCGGACCAAGCAGGAGAUCAAACUGGCCUACAAGAUGGCAAAGCGCUUUUACUCGGACCCGCAGCUGUGGGCUCGCUGUUUGUUCAGCCACUGUUACAGCCUGUGGUUCAUCUGCCUGCCAGCUGCGCUAUGCCUGGCCAAGUCUAAGAGCCGCGCCAUGCAGCAGGCAUACAAUGUCCUUUUAAAGAUGAGAACGACUGAGGUGGAGGUGUUGGAUGAGGUGUGUUACAGAGUGGUCAUGCAGCUCUGUGGCGUUUGGGGUCUUCCCGUCAUGGCCGUGCGAGUGCUGGUUGAGAUGAAGAAAGCUGGCAUUCAUCCCAAUGCCAUCACAUAUGGAUACUACAAUAAGGCGGUCUUAGAGAGCCCGUGGCCAAGCAGAAACCGUAGUGGCCUCUUUAUGUGGACCAAGCUGCGCAACGUGCUGCGUGGGGUGGCUCAGUUCAAGAAAGCUGUUAACCAAUCUUCAUCUAGGAAGAAAACCACAUUGUCAAGCACAGAAGGGCCAUCCUUGAACCGUUUGAGCCACUGCAGCGCCGACAGCUCGGGAGAAGUCAACAUGGAGGAGCACCUGACCGCAGACAAGCCUUGUCACACAAGUAGCCAGUCUGAUCAAGGCUACGGCUCCAAGGAUGAGCUGCAUCAGGAACUGCCUGAGUCGUUGCAUACAGCAGCAGCUGAUGAGAGAAGCAAAGCUAAAGCACAACAUAAUGAAGGUGACAUUUCCGGAUCAGUGGAUUGUGCUGUCGCAGUGGCAGAUCCCGCCAGUCCUGUCGAUGCUCCCUCGUCUGUCCCCAGUAUAGUGAAAUUGUCCACAGGGAGCCUUGAUGCUGGCAGGGAAUCAGGUAAACUGUUCCGAAGGAAAAGCACGACUGAUAACGUGUCUCUCCCCGAUGACGACGUCUCAAUUGAAGCUGGUGACAUGGGAGCUCAGCCUCAGAAGCAGCGGCAGAAAGCCUUUGCCGAGCGCAGCCGCAGCUUCAGCGCUGAAACGCGGGCCGGGAUGCUCUCUGAGAAAGGCGUAGACCACAUGGCCAGCCAGCUGGGUGCAGACGCCCGCAUCUUGGCCGCUGCGCUCUCCACUGCACAGACCCUUUCCCCUGGCAGUGUGUCCAAAGCGGUCUUCCAGGACCUGGAGGAAGAGCCAGAAGACGAUCAGGGCACGAUUGUGAGGAAGCUACCCGAUGAGGAAGCAGCAUCAGAGGAAGGAAAACGACCUGAAGAAAAGAUGGAGAAGCGGGAGAGGAAACGUACUGAAACAAGCGAGGUGGAGGUGGGGGCGGAUCCUCUUUCCCUCCUGGUGUCAGAGGGCGAAGAGUCGGCGUCUGUCACCAGCCAGGAGCCUCCUCGCUCCAUGCCCACAGUGGUGUCCCGCAACCUGGCCGAGGAGAUCGAAAUGUACAUGAACCUACAAAGUCCGCUGGGCAUCAAGUCCUCCAGCAUGGAGCUCAAGCAGCCGCAGGAUGAGUCCGCCGAUGCCCCACAGUCCAAACAACCUCUGGAGCGCAGGUCCAGUCUUCCCGCACCUCCACCGAAAACUCCGACAGGGUCGCCAGCAGACACACCCAAACGUAGCCCCUCCGCUGUCACUCGCUCGAAGACGUUCGCGGCAAAGACGAAGCCGGCCGUCAGCAAAGCCGUUAGUCCUGCUGUGAGAUCGUCGUCACUGACGGCACUUGUCAAGUCCUCCCAGGGGGGCUCACUGGGGUCGGUCAUCAACUCCAUCUCAGGCAUCAAGAUGGACAACUUGUUGUCUGGACCUAAAAUUGAUGUGCUCAAGUCCGGAAUGAAGCAGGCAGCCAAUGUGGCCAGCAAAAUGUGGGUGGCUGUCGCUACAGCGUACUCCUACUCCGACGAUGAGGAAGAGCAGGUUCCAAGCGGAGGUGGUUUCCCUGCCCGCCUGGAUGAACACAUGUUGAUGGAUGUAGACGACAGUCCAGAGGGAGGGGCCAUCCCAGGAUUGGUGGCCAACGGUCUCAACCAGAGCUGCACCAGCAUCGGCAGCAGCAGCGGCAGCAGUGACACCGGAAGAGGGACGCAGCUAACACUUGCGACCCCUGGGCGAUCUGGCAGGGCUCCUGACUCAGAGCAAGGCUCCUCGCACCACGCCUCCUCUUCCAGCAUCUUCCAGAGCUACGCACUUGAGGUGCUGAUGUCCAGCUGCUCCCAGUGUCGCUCUUGUGAGGGGCUGGUGUACGACGAAGAGAUCAUGGCGGGAUGGACGGCCAAUGAUUCCAACCUUAACACUAGUUGUCCGUUCUGUCGUGCAGCCUUUCUGCCCCUGCUGCAUGUGGAGUUUCAUGACUUGCGUGCGGCGACCGGGUUCUACAUGAAUCCCAGUGCCUCAGGAGACAGUAUUCACAGCACUAGUGGACAACCCACAGCUCACAGUGACAUGAAGACACAGGACCUCGUUGAUUUCCCCACAGAGGAACAAAGAGAGACUCUGGAUAACUGUCCUGGAACCCAUAAGAGCCUGAUUCCAGAACCAGUGCAGUCAGACCCGCUGGGCCUGCUGGAGCACCAGUCGUCGGGCAAGAAAUGUGGUGGCACGUCGCUCACACGCAGCAACAGCGUCGGCGGCCCACUGCAGGGCCUGGACUCAUGUCUUGGACCCGGCCAUGGGGUCUCCACCACCAGCCUCCCCUGUAGCCUGCACGAGGUGUCGGAUGGAAUGACUGCAACCAGGCCGAACCCCAAGCCUGUGUCAGUGCCGUACCUUAGCCCAUUGGUGCUGCGCAAGGAACUGGAGACCCUUCUGGAGAAUGAAGGAGAUCAGGUCAUUUACACCCACAAGUUCCUUAGCCAGCAUCCCAUCAUCUUCUGGAACCUCGUGUGGUAUUUCCGCCGUUUAGAUCUUCCCAGUCACCUGCCCGGCCUCAUACUGACCUCCGAACACUGCAACAAUGGAGCGCAGGUUCUAUGCAUCCAUAACUCUGCCCUCAUUAUGGUUCUUUUACAGUCCUUUCAACCACUAAAGCAAGUGUCUGUGCAGCUUCCUCUGACAUCACUGUCCCAGGACAGCAAGCAAGUGUACAUCCAACUGUUGUGGGACAAUAUCAACCUGCACCAGGAAGCAGGAGAACCCCUCUACCUGCUUUGGAGGACCUUAUUGGAAAAGAAGGGGACGUUGGCGCCGACGGAUCACCAGGAAAUCCGUACGCUCCUCAAUACCAUUGUCCGAAACAUCCAGACCAACGAUGUGUACGGGCCCAUCAACCUGCUCAUCCGAGAGAUAAAAAGGCGUCCAGAUGGCAUCAAGCGGCAGAGGAGUACUUAUAGAGAAAUAUUGUUUCUCUCACUUGUGGCCUUGGGACGGGAGAACAUUGACGUUGAGGCCUUCGACAGGGAGUACCUGGUGGCCUACGAGGAGCUUAGCGCAGAGCAGCUCAAAUCUCUGGAACGUAUCGACCGGCCGCCCAGCGCCAGCGUGCAGCGGUGCCUCAGAUGUUUUGGCACCCCAUUCAUCUAGUCUGUUAUUAUCGGGACACCUCCACGGUACACCCCGCGGGGAUGCAACUUUUUCCCUGAACUGUUGGCCUAAAGUGUGUGUGUGUGUGUGUGUGUGUGUGGCGUCUUUAGCGCUUGUUGUAUGUACUUUUCAAGUGUCUUAUUGCCUGAUGCUGACUGUUCUUAGUGCACUUUCUAAAACAAAAAACAAAAAAAACUCAAACUCAUGUACAUAUUUUUUUUUAAAGGGGGGCACACACUUUUUGCUGCCUUUCCUGUUUGAUUCAAGUCUUAAUGAAUUUUCAGUGCCUUGUUAGUGGUAUGUACACGUGCAGGGAGUCGGACCUGUGAUUUGUGUAAAUAUGUGUCGGCAGCAUGAACAGGAGAAGUUGCAGACAAUCGUUAAUUCAAACACACGGUGGGCAUGUUCGCCUUUUAUGUUAUUCACUCCUGCUAUUCCUGACUCAGAGUUGAUGUAUGGUGUUUUUUUUUUGUUUUUUUUUUUACAGUUUCCUCACAGCAGCGUUGCUCGAGGCUUUUCAUUACUGCUGUUUAUUUUGAAAACAUUCCAGGAAAGCAUGGACAAAAUCGAACAUCCCAUCAUCCCACAGUCUUAACAUGUUUGUCCUCCGAAACAACCAAACAUAAAGAGUUUCUCUAUUUAUUUUUGUACAAUUGACAUGCAGUCCGUGUUUUUUAAUGACUAAUAACCCCUUUAAUGUGUUAUGAGAUUAAAACCUGUACUAAUUAAAAAAAACUAAAAAUAAAAUAGUGAUCUCUCAUUGUCCUGUGGAAAGGAAUGUAAUGUCUACACACAAGUGUGCUGCAAUAAAACAAUUAUGAGACCAGA